ACUACAUGUCUACUGUGCAAGCACGUAAUGUUUCUGCUAUCCACUCUGUCAGUCACAACAACAUUCAAAUUCUAAGCCUAUACUGCUUUUCCUUUAUCUGUUAGGUUUCAGGUUCCACGUCACACGUAAUCGUCACUCGUGCAAUGCCAAUAGGCCGCUGACCAUGCUGAAAUAACCUUAAUUAAAUGAAAACAUGCAAAUAUAUCUUUAUUCUGCCGUUGAACGAGUACACGAAAGGAAAUGGCGUUGAGAGUCAACAUAUACUUCCUGGUUGCUGGGCUAACAUUUCUUCUCCCAGUUUCGGUUUUCGGACAAACGCCUCUUGUGGAUGGCCCUGAAUGGACAGAUAUUGGACAAGACGCUGUGCUGACCUGUAAUUCUACUGCAAAUAUCCGAAUAGUGGAAUGGGCAAGAAGUGACUUCGGAAAUUCGUUAGGAGAGAGCGAUCUAGUUGUAAACUUGAGAACUUCAACAGGGACUGUUAUUAAUAUCAAUAACACUCGUUACGGAUUUGACAAGGAUGCUACUGAGUACCCAUUAACGAUCAAGUCAGUCAAUUUUGACGAUGGAGGAACCUACUGGUGCAUUUUGGCUGUUGAUGAUUUCCAGUAUAUUUAUGCAAUGAAGGAAUUGAGAGUAAGAGUACUUCCGAAAAGUGUAAAGAUGUCUGAUUUGACUGGGAGUUACCCAACCACUGGAGGCACGGCAUAUCUGGUAGAAGGACUGAAUCAUCAAUUUAUCUGUGAAGCACCUGACAUUAAUCCAGGGGCAUCAUUCAAGUGGUCACUCGCUGGUAGAGAGAUCGUAGAGGAUAGCUCCAGUGAUUUCACCAGUGCUGAUAAUUUCAUUACGAGUAAUAGUACAUUAACCUUGUCACCAGUGUGGAACAACCAUGGGGAAAUGUUACAGUGCCAGGCUUCAAACAAAGAAGGGCAUGUCGGAUUAUUCACCAUGGUAACGCUGGACGUUAAAGUAAUCCCCAAGGCUUCGUCGUUGUCGCUGUCUGACUCGGAUGGUGCAGUUCAUGAUGAAGUUGUUGUUGAUGAGGAUACACCUCACCUCUUCACAUGCCAGGUCCUUGGUACCAGACCUGGUGCAAGAAUUGAGUGGUACUUGAAUGGCGUCCAAAGACGCGUUCUGAACCAAGGUCCUGCAGGAGCCGUUGGAUUGGUUACUACAUCAGAUACGCUGUCUCUCAUUCCAACCAGAGCAGAUCACGGACAGAUGGUGACAUGUGAGGCAAGUAUUGCAGAGUCACCACGGCCCUACCCUUCACUGAACGUAACGCUAAUUGUCAACGGUCCCCCAGAUGUCCCUGGUAUAUCAGGUAGCACGUCAUUAACUGAGAAUGAGCCUACAAUUCUGACAUGCUCAUCAGAUAUGGGAUACCCCGAUGACUGGGAUCUGGUUUGGUCCAAUGGAGGCUUGCCUAUAACUGGUCCAACUACACGCCCAACAGCCUCAGAUGGUCGCUACAACUUCACUAGCACUUUUAACUACACACCAAGGAGACAGGAUAACGGCAACAUCAUCAAAUGUACAGCAAACAGAGCCUCGUUGACACCAGGCCCAAAAGGAAUUUAUGGACCAGUAGAUGUGCAAUUUUGUGCUAGAAUUGUGAGUGUAACCCAAAGCCCGCCAGUUCUUACAGCAGGCGGCAAAGCGACUCUUAGCUGCACGCCAGAGAGUAGCAACCCAGCUACCACCCUAACCUGGUCUAAGGAGGAUGUGGAGUUAACCACGCCCACUAGUCAACCAAACUCAGGUGGUGCCUAUGGAGGUAGAGUGACCAGAGUAAGCUAUACAACUGGUGUUCUAAACAAAACCAACAACGGAGAGGUGUAUAAAUGCUGUGCUACAAACCCGGCCAUCUCAACGUGUGCUACCAAUCUCUGUGACCGGCACAUAUUGAGCGUACAAUAUUCCCCUGAAUUCACCUCAUUGAAGCAAAUCCCAGACGCAUUUGCUACUGAAGGCAGUGAUGUAACCCUGACAUGUGUGGUAGAUGCCAAACCUAGGCCUGUCGGCAUCAACUGGAAGAAGCAAGGCUCCAAUAAAACUUUUAACUCAGCGUUUAUUGAUGACACCAGUACGUUGACUCUAAUUAACAUCAGAAGAGAGCAGGCAGGGAACUACACUUGUAGAGCAAACAACGGUGUGCCUACUGAUGACCCCAGCAGUGACGCAGUUUCAUCUCCACUCACAAUUAUAGUGCAUUAUGAGGCCAGCAUCACUAACAAGUUCAACAAUAUCGUUGGCGCCAAGCAUGGAGGAGUGACAGUUAUAACGUGCAUCACGAGGGCUAAUCCUAAACCUAUAAUCUCUUGGUAUAACCCAAACGAUACCAUAAUUUCCCCUGACUAUGGCAGUGGCAAGUUCUUGAUUGAAACUGAUACCACAAGUGGAGACCGCAUCUACGGAUUUACUGUCACCAGCACUCUUACCAUCCGUGGAGUCGAUUCUUGGUGGACUACGGAGUGUAUACCGUCAAUAGUUCGAACGGCAUUGAAGAUGGAGACACCCUACAGAUCAAUCUUACAGCACCAAGAAUACCAAGCAAGCCAAUUGACGUACAAGUCACACAACGGACUGCAGAUUCCUUGACUCUCAGGUGGACCGCUGGUAAUGAUGGCGGUG